GAUUCUUUUGGUCCAGUAGUUGCAUGUUACUAUGCGCUUGCAAAAUCUGUCACAGCCCUCCUUCAGUACCUUGCCAACAGGAGCAACGCAAACGUGAACCCUGUUUGUCGCUAAUUUGUCGCAUUGGAUUGGUUAGGCGGCGAUAAUUUAGGAUUCAUCACAGCUAACCACCGUCCUGCUACUCUGUAAUACAAAGCUAGGAGAAAAUCGUCUGUAAAGUUAUCAUUGAUUUUGACUUAUAUUCAGCUUGGUUUUGCGACGCGUUUUUAAGUUUUUUUUUUUUUUUUUUUUUUUACAACGCCAGCUGGUUACAGAGAGACACCAAACACAGGAUGUUACUUAACAUUAGAUUGGCAAACGGAGCCUUUGGCAGAGCGCCUGUCAGCCUUUUGCGCGGGUACAGCAAUGCAAGUCAGUUUCAUUUUGAGGAUGGGAAUACACCAGACACAGCUGGAACAUGACUGCAAAAUCUGUAUCCUUUGUGAUGCUACAGCAUUUUCGUGUGUAAUAUAUUGCUGCUGCUCCCUUACGUGGCAGCAUCUCUGAGUGAUGCCAUGGAGCAGCUAGAAGAGGAACUUACCUGCCCAAUCUGCUGCGGUCUCUUCGAGGACCCACGGGUCUUGCUGUGCUCACACAGCUUUUGCAAGAAAUGCUUGGAGGGACUCUUGGAAGGAAACCGAGGUCCAGCUUUCAGAACACCUUUCAAAUGCCCCACAUGCCGCAAAGAGACCCCUCACAACGGCGCAAACAGCCUGCAGAUCAACUACUCUCUGCGCGGAAUAGUGGAGAAGUACAGCAAAAUAAGGGUUCUGCCUAAGAUGUCUGCUUGUAAACAACACUGCGACCAGCCUCUUAACAUAUUUUGCGCCACGGACUUAAAACUAAUUUGUGGGUUUUGCGCAACUACAGAUGACCACAAAGGGCAUAAAUUCUGCUCCUUGGAGGAGGCAUAUGACCAUGAGAAGGAGGCGUUUGAAGAGCUGCUUCACGGGGUGGAGAGCUGGCAGAGUGCAGAUAUCCUGUCCUGCCUGGAGACACUACAAACCAGUAAGAAAAAGGCUCUUCAGUCCGUGACCAAGGACGCAGAAAAGGUAACAGACUAUUUCGACAAGCUCAUCAGUGCACUUGAAUGCAAAAAGAAUGAGAUCCUCUCCGAUUUUGAAACACUGAAGCUGGUGGUGAUGCAAGCAUAUGACCCGGAGAUCACCAAGCUGAGCGCAGCACUGGAAGAGCAGAGACUGGCGCUCAGCAUCGCGGAGUCUUUCAGGAGCGUCUCCGACCCCUUGUGCUUUCUGCAGCAGAUGCAGGAGUUUCGGGAGAGAUUACAGGUCCUUAAGGAGACUCCCCUGCCCUCCCGGAAAGAGAUGGACGUCGGCCCCCUUGUGCGCAAUUUCGAUGUAAAAAAGUGGGAUUCACUAAGGCUCAGAGACGUGGACAAGAUCUCAGUCCCCCAUGAGAAUGGCUCGUACAGAGUGGGGGGCUCACGGAUGGCAGCGCCUCGGUGGAUCACCUUAUUUAUGAGUUUGUUGCUGUCAACUCUGCUCCUGCUGCAGCCGCACAACCUUACAGCCUACGUAACCUCUCAGAUUGAACCAUUUCUUACUACAGUUUCCUCGCACCUCAGCCACACUGCUGUGUACCUGCGGGAAAUGACUGACAUGUGCACAAGUUUAAUGAGCGCAGGCCAGGAAUGUGUCGUGCACUUAAUUGACUCUACUGUCAGUUUUAUUGGCAGUUGUAAGUUGUUUUAAUUACUAGCCUGUGGCAUCUCACGCACUCACAGCUACAAAUUGUUUCCCAAGUGACCCGUGUGAUGCACAAAAGUAGUGACAAAUAUGCACCUGAGCAUAUGUAAACAUUUGUUUAUCUAAUUGUUUAUUAUGUCUUUUGCUCUUUUUUUGCUCAACCUCUCUGAAGCCACAGAAUCAAUCAUUCAUUCAGAGAUUCAAGCCUUCAUUUACAUAGGACAGACACUAAAUCACACCUCUUUCCACAAAUGUGCGAUCUAUUCUUAAUACGAUGACACUUUUAUACUUCUCCAAGAUGAUCUUGAUAAAUAAAACUGAGAAAUGUAAGACA